AUGACCGCCCGCCACACAGCCAGUAUACGAGCGCCGCUGCUGCUGCUCCUGCUGUUGCUCGUUCUCCCAUACCUCGUGCGCAGCGCCGCAGAUCCGGCACGUGCACAGGCAAUCCUCAGCAGAAGACCUCGAAACACUUACGACUGUGCCACUCUGGAGCAAAUGGGGUGGGAGCGCUUUGGUGACAGCGUGUACGCGUUCUUCAAGGAUCACAACCGCCCGUUUUAUCGCAGCCUCAACAACUGCGUGCAAGGCUUUGGCGCCUCCCUGCCCAGCGUACAUUCCAGGGAAGAGAUGCAAUUCAUCACCAACCUGACCGUGGGCAGCACAAACCCCAUCUGGCUUGGCGCGCAGCGAAUCAACAACACCUGGACUUGGAUCGAUGGAACGCCUUGGGACUACGAGAACUGGAUCCCAACUGAGCCCAACAACGAAAACGGGAACGAGAACUGCCUUCGAGCUGGUCACAUUUCGUAA